AUGUCGAAUCUAUACAGAGGGGAUUUCAAUUCCAAAAUCGAUUACGUGUUCAAGAUCGUAUUGAUCGGCGAUUCAGCAGUGGGGAAAUCGCAGCUUUUGGCGCGAUAUGCAAGGAAUGAAUUUAGUAUGGACUCAAAAGCCACUAUUGGAGUUGAAUUCCAGACACGAACACUUGAAAUUGAUCACAAAAUUGUCAAGGCUCAGAUUUGGGAUACAGCUGGUCAAGAAAGAUAUAGGGCAGUGACUAGUGCAUAUUACAGAGGUGCAAUGGGGGCGAUGCUGGUCUAUGACAUUACAAAGCGUCAAUCAUUUGAUCACGUGGCUAGGUGGUUGGAUGAGUUGCGAAGUCAUGCUGACAAGAAUAUCGUUAUCAUGCUUAUAGGCAACAAAUCUGAUCUGGGAACCCUUCGAGCUGUACCUGUGGAAGAUGCUAAAGAGUUUGCCCAGAUGGAGAACCUAUUCUUUAUGGAAACAUCAGCCCUUGAGGCAACCAAUGUGGAACCUGCUUUCCUAAAUAUCCUGACUGAGAUUUAUCGCGUUGUCAGCAAGAAAGCCCUUGUGGCCAAUGAGGAAGCAGAAUCUGGAGGAAAUUCAUCUCUUCUGAAAGGAACCAAGAUCGUUGUUCCUGGCCAGGAGCCGGUACCAGCAGAAAGAAAGUCCAGCUGUUGUGGAUAUUCAUAG